GGAGAUGGGGCCGGAGAGCACAGCCCUGCUUCAGGCAGUGCCGGUGCCGGACAUGGCGCCAUGGAGCGCGGCCGGGCAGUGCCGCCGCCUUGGAGGGGGCCCUGGAUCCUGUGCCUGCUGCCAGCGCUGGCGGGGGGGCAGCCGCUGGUGGCCGGCGAGGCGGCCUACGAGGAGUGGCAGGUGACGGGCGUGCGAGGCCGGGCGGUGGAGAUGAGCUGUGGGCUGGUGGCCGCGGCCCCGCCGGCCGUGGUGUUCUGGAGCUUCACGCCGCGGGGAGAGGGGCCGCCGCGGGCCGUGGCCGUGGGCUCGGGCCGGGACGUGGUCGUGGCCCCCGGCACGGGGACGCUGGGCCGGGUGACGCUGCGCAACGGGACGCUGGAGCUGCGGGAGCUGCGCGUGGCUGCCCAGGGCCGCUUCCUCUGCCAGGGGCUCUUCCCGGAGCGGGGCCGGCUCCGUGUGGGAUAUGCCGCCGUCCUCCUGCGUGUCCUGGUGCCCGUCUCCAAGCCCUUCGUGCGGCCGACAGCGGCGGCGGCGGCAGAGGGGGCGGCGGUGGCCCUGACGUGCACUGUGCGGGAGGGGACGGAGCCACUGAGCUUCUCCUGGCAGCACCAGGAGCCCCGGGGGGGUCCCUCAGUGUCCCCCGUGGGGCUGAGGGGCUCUGGGGCAGAGCUGAGCCUGACGCCCGCCAACCGCAGCCACACGGGCUGGUACCUCUGCACCGCGAGCAACGAGGUCAACAGCCACACCAGCGAGCCCGUCUACCUGGACAUCGUCUACGGCCCCGACGAGCCGGCCAUCAGCGUGGAGCCCUUCUCCCCUGAACAGGGGGGCUUCUCCGCGGGCGAGCGGGAGGAUGUGGUGCUGAGCUGCCUGGCUCCCUCCAACCCCCCCAGCCGCUACGUCUGGCUGCACAACGGCACCCAGGUGCACGUUGGCCAGACCUACGUCAUCGCUGCCAUCGCCCGCGCCCAGGCGGGCACCUACACCUGCCUGGCCGAGAACACCCACCUGCAGACCCGCACCCAGGCCACCAUCGUCCUCACCGUGUACUAUCCACCAGCCGGGAGCCCCAGCUGCUCUGCCCUGGCCACCAGUGACCUGCAGGAUGUGGCCCUGCGGUGCCGCUGGCUGGGGGGCUUCCCCCUGGCCCAGCUGCGCUGGGUGGGCUCCCUUGAGGAGGAGAAGGAGGAGGAGGAGGAAGAGGGGGUGAUGGGGACCAGUUUUUCCAUGGCCACCAGGAUCCAGCCAGGGGCAGCCACAAGGAACGGCAGCUCCUUCUCCUGCCUGGCCUCCCACCCCGCGCUGCCGCAGGGGGCUGCGUGUGGGACCACCCUGUGGGUCCCGCCGGGCAGCCCCUCCUGCGCGGCAGCGGCCACCAAGGGUGACGAGUACGUGAUGCUGCAGUGCCGGUGGGAGGGGGGCACGCCCCCCGUCACCCUGCAGUGGAGGGACGGUGGGGGCCGGGCCCUGGGGGACCCCACACCCUCCACCGCCGUCCUGGUGCUGAGCACCGAGGGCAGCCUUGGGGGCCGAGAGUUCGUCUGUGCGGCCGCCCACCCGCUGCGGGCCCCCGGCGCCGACUGCCGCCUGCGCCUGGAGGUCCCCGAUCUGGAGGCGGCGAGCGAGGUGGCGGUGCUGGAGGGCGGCGAGGCGCUGCUGACCUGCCGGCAACGUGGCACCAGCGCCAGGCUCAGUGCCACUGUGGCUUGGUACGACCCCAGGGAGCGGGAGGUGACACAGGGGCUGGCCAAGUACCGGCUGGAGCAGGGAGAAGCGUGGCUCAACCUCACUGUCCUGGAUGCCGAGUGGCCGAGGGACGGCGGGAUCUACCGCUGCACCGCGACCAACGCCGUGGGCACCGCCAGCCUCCCCGUCCGCCUCCGCGUGGACCGGUACCCGGCCCCCCCCAACGUCACCAUCAGCAAACUGCGCUACACGCGGGCGCGCACCGAGGUGCAGCUGGAGUGGCGGACGCAGGGCACCGGCAACCUCACCGGCUUCGUGGUGCAGCGGCGCCAAACCAAGAAACCCCUCCGAGAGGCGCCCAGCCCCUGGGAAACGGCCGCUGGCAACAUCGAGCCCCACUCCCGCGACCGGCGCCUGGGGGGGCUGGACCCCGCGGUGCUCUAUGCUUUCCGCGUCCUGGCCGUCAACCACCGCACGGCCGGGCACCCCUCCGAGGUGCAGACGCCAGCUGAGCCUCCCUUCGAGGCCUACCCGGCGGUGACGGGGGCGGCGGUGGCCGGGAUGCUGGUGGCCACCGCAGCGUCACUCCUGGCCGUGCGCUGCAUCGCCCGCCACCGGGAGACUCUCCCACGGCUGCACGACCUGCUCUUCCGCACGGCCGGUCCUGGCGCCCAAGAACCCGUGGACACGCCGGAGGAUGCUGAAGCAGCCGCGAGCGGGGAGGAGGAGACAGCACCAGCACCGGGAGAAGUGCCUGCCCCCAGCACAGCAGCAGAGCCGCUCUCGGCACCGCCAGGCACCGCCGAGGACCCACCAGCUGAUGUCACCAUCACCGCGACGGCGACGCCGUGACCACUCCGGCUUUUUCCUCUUUAUUUCCCUUUGCUCCUCUCGUCCCACACCAGGGGACGGCAGCGCCCACCCACCUGUGUCACGUCAGGCUGGGAGGCAGCUGGCUCCGAGUGCCGCACCAGGAGAAAGCCCCUCUGGCUCAGCCUCGGGCCUGCAGUUACCGCUGGAGCUAAAAUAAAUAUUUAGGCUACAAUAAAUAGUUUCUCA